GACAGAUAAUUGAUGGUGAAAGACUGACUUUAACAUUAUGGUUCAGCCGUAACAAUUCAUAUGAUGAGGACGGAAAACUUAUUUCCCUUCUCUCUCAGAGUGUCUCGAAUAGUGUUAUUGACGAGCCUAUGUCACACCUGCCUUUACCAGCACCCGAUAACAUGUACUGGUUUUCUCCAGAUCAAGGUUCUCUGUGCCAAUCCGGAGUUGAUAUACGCUGGGCAAGAGCACAUGUUCUUGGAUAUACUUUUUAUUUGUUUGAUGAUCAGCUGUUAGAUUCAUCACAUGAUCAUGCAAAGGGGCUAUUGAGUCCAUUACGAUUGGCUAAGGAAGAUGAGUUAUUUUACAAGGAAUUUCUCAACAGUUUGCAUGCGCUGCAGGUCUUGCAGUUUUGCUGUUGGAAAGCCUUCUACUUGCGAGAAACUGAAGUUGGAAGAGUGAUCAGCAAUGUGGUGCCAUUAUCCCAAUCCCUACAAGACAAAAGCAGUGACUGGAAGCUUACGAUGGGUGAUCAUCAACUUGCAGAGAUGGUUUUCCACCAUGUCUCCAAUCAUGAAGAUAGCAAGCCUGCCUUUGGUUGGGCUGACUUACAUGCUGCUGUUGUUGCAUGGGAAGAUUAUACCUGUAAGUUAAGGAAGGAACUGUUUAUCAGAUUUCCGUACUGGAGAUCCUAUCAGUCUAUUUUCUUUGUUCCCUUGGUUGACCUUGAGAAAGAAGCUUAAUAUAUAAAUAUUUAGAGUAA